AUGCAUAAAGAAGAAAAAGAAAAAGACAAAAAAAAAGAUAAAGAUUACCAUAAUGAUUACCAUAAUGAUUACCUUAAUGAUUACCUGAAUGAUCACCAUAAUGAUUACCAUAAUGAUUGUAAUAAUAAUGAACGUGAAGGAUCAAUCCAUGGGGAUAACAUCCAUGCUUAUGAAGAACAAAAUUAUGAAAACGAUAUAUUGAACAUAAUAAAUAAAGAAAUGGAUAAUAUAAAAAGUAAUGAUCCCAUAAAAAAUAACUGUAAUAAUAGUUAUAAUAAUAAUAUUUUUGAUAUGAAUUUUUUAGAACAAGACCAAUUAUUUUUAGAAAAAAUAAACCAAGAUAAUGUUGUGUCUGCACAUUAUACAUCAGAAUAUGAUAAUAAUGAAAAAGAAAAAUCAGAUGAUUUAAAAAAUAAACUAGUUCAUAAAAAUAUAUCUUUAAAUAUACAUAAUAUAAUAUCAUCAGCUAAUUUGUGCAUAGAUAUUAAUUUACGUUUAGUUGCGGUUUCUAUAAGGAAUGCAGAAUAUAAUCCUAGUAAAAUUAAUACUCUUAUAAUCAGAUUGAAUAAACCUCAAUGUACCGCUCUUAUUUUUAAAAAUGGAAGAAUUAUGUUAACAGGUACUAGAACCAAAAAAGAUUCUAUCAUGGGAUGUAAAAAAAUUGCAAAAAUUAUUAAAAUCGUAACAAAAGAUAAAGUGAAAUUUUGUAAUUUCAAAAUUGAAAAUAUUAUAGCUAGUGCUAAUUGUAAUAUCCCAAUUAGAUUAGAAGUACUAGCACAUGAUCAUAAAGAAUAUUGUAAUUAUGAACCUGAACUCUUUGCAGGACUAGUCUAUAGAUAUAAACCAACAUCCAAUUUAAAAUCCGUUAUCUUAAUUUUCGUCUCAGGAAAAAUAAUUAUAACUGGUUGUAAAUCUGUCAACAAAUUGUAUACCGUCUUUCAGGAUAUAUACAAUGUUUUAAUUCAAUACAAAAAUUAA